AUGGUGAUCGCUGGGAAUCAUGAAAAUGAUAAUGCAAACUUCACAAACUUCAAAAAUCGUUUCGUAAUGCCACCAACUGGAUCUGAUGAUAAUCAAUUCUAUAGUCUGAACAUCGGUCCGGUUCAUUGGGUGGGAUUGAGCACCGAGUACUAUGGAUUCGAAGAGCAAUACGGUAACGCUUCAAUUUUCACUCAAUACAACUGGUUGACUAAUGACCUGGAAGUAGCUAAUAAAAAUAGAGAAAAUGUUCCAUGGAUCGCUUUGUAUCAGCACCGGCCGUUUUAUUGUAGUGUGGAAGAAGGAGCAGAUUGCACACUUUAUGAAAAUGUGGUGCUACGCCACGGCGCACUUGGACUACCUGGAUUGGAACCUGAAUACAUUAAAAAUUCAGUUGACAUUGGGUUUGCUGGACACAUGCAUGCUUACGAGAGAAUGUGGCCAGUUGCGGAUCUGAAAUACUACAAAGGAGAGGACGCCUAUCAUAACCCUGUUGCCCCUGUCUACAUUUUAACCGGAUCUGCUGGUUGCCAUUCAUCUGGAAUGAAAUUCAGUCCGAUUCCAAUGCCAUGGAGUGCUCAUCGAAGUGAUGAUUAUGGGUACACAGUGAUGACAGUUGCCAACAAAACACAUAUUCAUUUCGAACAAAUUUCCAUUGACAAGAAUGGAGAUGUGAUUGAUUCCGUUUGGGUUAGCAAGGAUAUUGGGCAUCUUCAUACGCAGAAAAUGAGGGAAGAUCUUGGAGGAUUCAAAUUUUAUUAG